AUGCUUUGGCUGUUCUUUAUUAUUGCUUUAAUCAAAGCAGAUUCAACAGAAUUUCAAUGUCCUCCUACAACUGCAUCAAUAGAACAUCUUCUCGAUCAAGCAGAUAUUCCGGGUGCUUCAAUUAUUGUUCUUAAUCGAGAUGAAAUUCUAUAUGAAAAAGGAAUUGGUUAUCAUUCUCCUCCAUUAUCCGAAGGACGUCAAAUAAUGAAUGCUUCAUCGUCAAUAUUCGUAUUAGCAUCAAUUUCCAAAACAUUUAUUGCUGUUGCUGCUAUGCAAUUGGUUGAAUUGAAUCUUCUUGAUCUUGAUGAAGAUAUUAAUAAAUAUCUAUCACCUCGUAUGAAAAUUAUUCAUCCAUAUUAUCCAAAUGUUAUUAUUACAACAAGACAUUUACUUACACAUACAGCUGGAAUUGGAAUAAAUCUUGAAGAAGAAUAUAAACUUUAUCUUCCUGGUGAUGAUUUUACAAAAACAAAUCUUGGUGAUGUUAUUGAAAAAUAUUUAAGUUAUAAUGCUAGUUGGUUACCUAUAACACCUGGUCAUAAUAUAACAUCUUAUUCAAAUGUUGGAGCAUGUUUAGCUGCAUUUAUUGUUGAACGUUUAGCAAAUACAUCAUUUGAAGAAUAUGUUCAAGAAAAAAUCUUAAAAAUAUUAGAUAUUGAUAGAGAAAAUGCUGGUUAUCGAUUAAGUAAUUUUCAAAAUAAAAAACAAAAUCUUGUUGGUCACUAUGUUUAUAAUGCAUCAUGGCUUGAAUCAUUUCAAUAUUUGGUACCACAAUUAAAUGUUUCUCGAGUUGAUAAUGUUUCUGAUUGGUUAUAUGUUCCUUUUUAUGGUAUUAGUAGAUAUCCAGCUGGUUAUUUACGAAUGUCAGCUUAUUCAUUGAGUCGAUUUUUUCAAUCAUUUCUUAAUAAUUUCACAACACUUUUACAUAAUUUAUUUUCCAUUGAAGAAAUUAUUCAUGUUACACCACAAACAAGUUAUUGGAAUAUGACAGGCAGUGAAUAUGGUCUUCUGUGGUAUUGGAAAACUAUAGGUGGACGACGUCUAAUUGGACAUGAAGGAUCAGUAAUUGGUAUAACAACUAUAAUGAUGGCAAAUGAAAAAAGAAAUCUAGGUGUCAUCAUACUAACAAAUGGAGAUACAGUGAGAGAGGAUUCUCAAUCAGAGCAAGUUCAAAAUACAAUAAAUAUUUUGACAAAAGAACUAUUUGACUGUUUUGAAAAGUCAACAAACAAAGGUUCUACGUAUCGAUCAUUUAACUUUAUUUUUAUCUAUGGAAUUAUUAGUAUUAUAUUUCGGUUUUUUAUUAUAAUCUAA